CAAUGCAGCUACUUUUGUUUUAUUCUGAAUCUCUUCGAUCCAAUCAUGGCUGAUAUCAGGCAAGCAACAAUAUUUGAUAUACCAGCAAUUCAAGCUUGUGACUUGCUUUGUUUUCCAGAGGAAGAGCCUUGGGAUUGUUAUCUUUACGAAGAAUAUAUAGUUUUUUGGCCACGACUUGUUUAUGUUGCAGAAGACCAUGGUACUGGUUGUAUUGUUGGAUUUGUUUUUGCUGAAAUGGAAGGAGAAGGUACUGAAACUCAUGGUUAUAUUGCAAAUUUAGGUGUUCUUCCUACUCACCGUAAAUCAGGGAUUGCUAAGAAAUUGAUGGAUGCUGCUCAGAACGCGUUAGUACAAGAAUAUGGGUCUGAAUAUGUUUCUCUUCAUGUUCGUAAAAGUAAUCAAGCUGCAAUUAAUCUUUAUUCUGAAAAAUUAGGAUAUAAUUAUGAGAGUGCAGCUAAUUUUUAUGAAAACGGGGAAGAUGCUUAUGUUAUGCAGAAACAACUACAAGAAAAACAAACAGAUAUCCUGGGCACACACAGUACUGAUGGCGGUGACCCGCAUAAAAUCUUCUGUUGUUGACUUGUUAUGGCAAGCAUAAAUCCAAAAAAUCAUAAAGCCCCCCUUACAUGUAUUGUAGUGUCCUUCCGGCCGGAAAUUCAUUUACUUCUUGUACAAAACCUUCUCUUGUACCUUCUUCCUGAAAUCUGUGUGUAUAUCACCUGAAAAAUGUAAUUGUAG